UGCUUGGGCCAGAGCGUCCCCCGCGUUGCCAUAGCGAUCCCUUCCUGGUCCACGUCGAAGCUCCGAUGGCGGAGGAAGGCGGCCUGGAGGAGGCGAGCCUUUUGGCGUGGCUCUUCCGCGGGAGGGCGGCCUCCUCCUGGCCCGCUUCGCCGCUCUCCGAGGCGGAGGUGCCUCCGUACCUGUCGGCCUUGUCGGGGCUGGGCCUGGAGGCGCUGCGCAGGGAGCCCGGGCGGCUGGCCGAGGAGAAGGCCCAGCUGGGCGAGCAGACGCGCCGCCUGGCCUUCGCCCACUACAAGACCUUCAUCCGCUCGGCGGAGUGCACCGCCCAGACGCGGAGGGGCUUCGCGGGCGUCGAGGAGGGGCUGGACCGGCUCCUGGCGCGGCUCUCGCCCUUCGCCCAGGAAUGCCGGAACUUCAUGCGCGACGCGGAGCAGAUCGCCCAGAGCCGCCGGAUGAACAACCUGACCCUGAACCGCCACACGGAGAUCCUGGAGAUCCUGGAGAUCCCACAGCUGAUGGACACCUGCGUCCGCAACAGCUACUAUGAGGAGGCCCUGGAGCUGGUCUCCUAUGUCCGCCGGUUGGAGAAGAAGCACGCCGCCAUCUCCGUCAUCCAGGGCAUCGUGGCAGAGGUGCGCCAGUCCACCCAGCUCAUGCUGACUCAGCUGAUCCAGCAGCUGCGCACCAACAUCCCGCUGCCUGCCUGCUUGCGUGUCAUCGGUUACCUGCGCUGCAUGGAUGUCUUCACUGAAGCAGAGCUGCGCAUCACCUUCCUCCAGGCCCGGGACAUCUGGCUGCGCUCCAUCCUGGCUGCCAUCCCUGACGAAGACCCCUACGUUCACGUCACCAAGACCAUUGAGGCCUGCCGCGUCCACCUCUUUGACAUCGUCACGCAGUACCGGGCCAUCUUUGCUGACGAGGAGCCGCUGGUGCCCACUCCUGGGCAGGAGACCCUCAACGAAAGUGCCAUCUUCCAUGGCUGGGUCCUUCAGAAAGUCUCGCAGUUCCUGCUGGUGCUGGAGCACGACCUGCAGCGUGGGGUGGGCGGCCGCCUGGACUCUCUGCUGGGCCAGUGCAUGUACUUCGGCCUCUCCUUCAGCCGGGUGGGUGCGGACUUCCGGGGCCAGCUGGUCCCAAUCUUCCAGCGAGUGGCGAUGCUCACCUUCCAAAAAGCCAUGCAGGAAGCUGUCAGCAAAUUCGAGGAGGAGAUGAAUUCCUACACGCUGAUCUCUGCCCCUGCACUCCUGGGCAGCACUAUCCCCGUGUCUUCUGUGGGGGCUUCAGCCCAGUCAGGUGCCCUUCAACCCCCAAUGGGGCUCCUGGAUUUCCCACCACUUGCCUGCUUCCUCAACAAUAUCCUGGUGGCCUUCAACGACUUGCGCCUCUGUUGCCCUGUGGCUCUUGCUCCGGAUGUGGCUUCUGCCUUGGAGGAUGCACUUGCCCAGGUAACAAAGGUUAUUCUGACUUUCCAUCGGGCUGAGGCCAUGGCUUUCAGCAGCCGAGAACAAGAGCUUUUCAUUCAGUUCUGCACGGCGUUCCUGGAAGACCUGGUGCCCUACCUCAACCGCUGCCUCCUGCUCCUCUUCCCGGCCGCCCAACUUGCAAAGACACUGGGGGUUCCUCCUACUCACCUCCACAAGUACGGGAACCUGGGCUGUGUGGACGAGUGUUCGGUCCAAGAACUACUUUCCCCCGUCCUGCCUGAGAAAGAGACUGUUCUUCCUCUGGCUGAGGAGCAGACGCUGCCCCAAGAGAUCCCACCUCCUGAAGCCGCCCCUCCCGCCCUUCAGCCACGCCUGAAUGAAGCUGGGGAGGAGACCACCUGGCAGGCGAGCGGAUGGGCAGCACGUGUUGUCCAGCACGAAAUGGACCACCUCCAGGGCGUCUUGUACAUCGACAAGAUGGAGAGCAGGACCUUUGUCAAUGUGCGUUGGGCCGAGCUGAAUGAGUGACCCCCUCCUUGGUCAGUGAGCAGAGAGGCACCCUUUCGUUUGCCUGGGCUUUGCAUGGCUGCCCAAACCUUGGAAAGAGGCAGCGGAAGAGAGGCCAGAGUCAAAGGGAGGGGCUCCCUUGUGCAGUAGCAUGGUUUCCCAUUUUUUCUUUGGGGCAACAGUGGCAAAGUAGGCCCUGCGUAGGGGUAAACCCCCAAUUCUCCUCCUCCAGGGUUGCAAGGUAAAGUGGGGUCCCAGGGGCCCUGAUGCGAGUUCAAUCCUAGCAUCCUUGACCCACAGCAGUGGGGCCCCUUUGGGUCAAGCACAGAGCCCAGGCCCCUGAAGGAGCAAAAUUGGGUUUAAGUUGGUUCUGGAGCGUGGUUGCCACCGUCAACAGACUGUGCUUGCCCCAUAAGCUUGUGCCCACAGACCUGGUAGGUUAUAAAUACAUGCCAGGGUGAAGAAUGAGAGGACAAAGCCAGGUUUUGUUUGCCAGCUGCUUGGAAGAGGCAAGAGCAACUCUAAAGUCAGAGAACACAGAAGCGUCUCAUGAGUGCCCACCAUUUCCCCAUGAUCUGUUAGGGUUCAGAUCGGUUUCCUCUGAUGGAAUAAAUAAAAACCAUGCUGUUGUAUUACUCAGGUGGAGGUUCAAUUAAAUAAACAUAAAAAGGCAAAGACUUUUAA